ACUCGUUUAGCACGGGAUAAGCUGAGGAGUGUCGUUUCAGUUUCGGUAUGAGAUAGAAGACAGCUAGGAAGCGUUAGCAGAACCCAAACAAAAUCAACCUGUUCACCAACUACUAGUAUCUUCAGCCUGGUCAAGACAAGUCUUCUUUCCAUCCUCGCAAAUAAACCAUGACGGCCAUGCGCGUCGAUGCCAAGGUGGUCAUGCUGGGGAAGGAGAGCGUGGGUAAAACCAGCCUGGUGGAGAGAUACGUUCACCAUCGCUUCCUCGUUGGACCGUAUCAAAAUACCAUCGGAGCUGCGUUUGUUGCCAAGUCUAUUAACGUUGGAGACAAAGUGAUCACUCUGGGGAUAUGGGACACAGCUGGAUCUGAGCGGUACGAGGCUAUGAGUAGAAUUUACUACAGGGGAGCCCGAGCUGCUAUUGUGUGUUACGACUUAACAGACAACAGCAGCUUCCAGAGAGCCAGAUUCUGGGUAAAGGAGUUACAGACGUUCGAAGAGCACUGUAAGAUCUACUUGUGCGGCACCAAGAACGAUCUGGUCGAAGGUGACCGAAGCGCACGGCAAGUUGACUACCACGACGUACAGGACUUUGUGGAAGAAAUAGGAGCACAGCAUUUCGAGACCUCAAGCAAAACAGGAAACAAUGUUGAUGCACUCUUCAUGAAAGUAGCAGAGGAUUUCAGUAACUCUGCUUUUGAGCUCCUUCCAGAGGAGAAAGGAGUGAACCUGGGCCAGAAGAAGAACUCUUAUAUCUACACCUGCUGUCAUCACUGACCGAACAGGAGGACGCUGUCGCGUCGCGCCGUGUAGCCUCGACGUCUCCUGCCUUUUUAUUUAACACAAAAAAGAAAGAGAGAGAAAGAGGGAGGAAGACACACUGCAUUAUUUUUUCCAGGUCUAUCAUUGGAUAAGGUUGUCGGAACAAGUUGUUUGUGAAAAUGACAGACUAAACGCAGGAGAAAUGAGAAGUGGAACCUGCAGUGCAUGGAAGUGAUUAUUAUGCCGGUUCCUGAUUGCCUUUUCUCAAAACACCCAUACACACACACACACCGUGUGAAAGCAGUGAGGGAUUUACACACAUAGUGAGUUUACACACACUAUACACUCACUGCCACACACUUACUGUUACACUCAUAUGGUCUAUUUAUUUGCAAUACUAAGCUAAAGCGUCAUGAAUGUCUAUAGCUCCUUUUCUUCCCUUCCUCCCCCACCGACAUGCAUGUUUUCUGUUGACAUUAAUAUUGAGGUCCAAACGUGGGUCAUGGAACCGGUUCUGGAUCAGCGGUUCUGGCACUGUUAUAAGGAAAUGCUCUUUCUGCUCAAAGUGUUACUCGGAUUUUCCUGCACGCUGACGUGGCUUUAUUAUUAUAUUAUUAUUACUGUUAUUUUUUUUCCUUUUUUGAAAAGAGCCUUUUGAAAUAUUUCAAAACAUCUCUGGGUUUUUUUCCAUGCAUCCGAAGUGCAUCGAAAGGUGAUGCUCAUGUUUACAUUGCAAACAAAACAUUUCGUUUGACUUGAUUUUGAUACAGGUGAAUUCUCCUGUCAUCGACAAUGUGAAUGAAAAGCAUCUCAUUUGUGUUGGCGGGAUUUCACCGCACUCUCGUGCCUGUAUAGAAUUCAGUGGAGACGAUGUUCGUGCCAUGCGUACAAAGCCUUCUGACAUUCACAAUGUGUGUGUGUGUGUUAUUCUCAUGACCCGGUGUUGUGAACGAGUCUGAAUCAUUCACUUGUGUUCACCGAGCUCUCCUCCGUGGCCGUAUCACACACGUGACCUCUGGCGCUCCGAGCCGAUCGCGAUCCGAUCCACGGGACUUUCAUAACCGCUAAUAACGAAAGAAGCACAUGAGGAAAUCACGCCUGAGAAAGUGUGUGUAUAUCAGAACGUGAAUGGAACUCCUUGUGAGCAGCAGAUUGAUGAAGAUUUUCAGUUACAACGUGAAACUUUCUGUACUCGUCGUUUAUUAUGUACAAAGCGCUACAGGACAAUUAAACGCUCUCACAAUGCA